AAAAUAUUUUUACGUGGAAGUAUUAGAAUUUGACAGUGGUGUAUUAAAUUUCACCUAAUUGCACGGUUUCCCUUACAAUGCGAAAGGUAAAAACAGGGCCAGAGGUUAACGGCGGGAGGAUAACAAAACCACAAAAGUGCUCUCUCUGCCCAGUGGUGUACAUGAAGUGUGUGUCUGCAAAAUGGCUGUAGUAGUGUGCACAACUUCCUCUUUCUUAUCUUCUUCAACUUCUUCUUCUUCAUUAUGCUUCCGUUUGAAUCCACUUCUCUUCUCCACUACAAGACGACGACGUCGUUCUACUACUACUCUCUCACGUCGAUUCUUCGCCACUUUGAAUGCGGAAGCAGAAAGUCGUGGUGGUAUAUUUACUUCACCGGAAGUUGCAAAGUCAUUUGAUUUCACUAAUGAAGAACGCAUAUAUAAAUGGUGGGAGUCUCAAGGAUAUUUCAAACCAAACACUGUCAAAGGGAGCGAUCCUUUUGUAGUUCCAAUGCCACCACCUAAUGUUACCGGUUCGCUGCACAUGGGCCACGCUAUGUUUGUGACGCUUGAGGAUAUCAUGAUACGAUAUAACCGUAUGAAGGGAAGACCUACCCUUUGGCUUCCUGGAACAGAUCAUGCUGGUAUUGCAACUCAGUUGGUUGUGGAGAGAAUGCUAGCUGCAGAAGGAGUAAAAAGGGCUGAUUUGGGUAGAGACGAGUUUACAAAACGAGUAUGGGAAUGGAAACAGAAGUAUGGUGGAACAAUUACUAACCAGAUAAAGAGACUUGGUGCUUCAUGUGAUUGGACCAGAGAACGUUUUACCCUUGAUGAACAGCUGAGUAGAGCAGUAGUUGAAGCAUUUAUAAGGCUUCAUGAGAAAGGGUUAAUUUAUCAGGGUUUUCAUGUGUCAAAAGUCAAAACAGCUUUUUUGGCUAGCAACCAUGUAAAGCAUGCAACCUUAAGAGGUUCCAUCCUUCUAGCUUGCCUGCACUCAUCAAUUUGCAUAAGAAGUUCUCGGGCUUCUUCUUCAUGUCCCUUGAAGUCGGCGCCAAAAAUCUUGCCUAGCUUGAUAAUAUGUUGGCGAACCCAAACAGUCGUAACUCUCUCCUUGUCAAUAGCAGGAAUUUCCUGCUCUGUUAGAAUAGGUUCUUAUAUGGUUAAUUGGUCUCCUAAUUUGCAGACUGCAGUUUCAGACUUGGAAGUAGAGUAUUCUGAAGAACCUGGUGCACUUUAUUACAUCAAGUAUCGUGUUGCUGGAGGUUCAAAGAGUGACUUUUUGACAAUUGCGACCACACGCCCAGAGACUUUAUUUGGUGAUACUGCCAUUGCUGUUAAUCCUCAGGAUGAACGUUAUUCUAAGUAUAUAGGAAAGCAGGCUAUUGUGCCAUUGACAUUUGGUCGCCAUGUGCCAAUUAUCUCUGAUAAGUAUGUCGACAAAGACUUUGGAACUGGUGUAUUGAAGAUAAGUCCUGGACAUGAUCACAAUGAUUACCUUCUCGCUCGCAAGCUUGGUCUUCCUAUACUUAAUGUGAUGAAUAAAGAUGGGACUCUAAAUGAGGUGGCUGGGUUAUAUGCUGGCCUUGACCGGUUUGAGGCAAGAAAGAAACUUUGGUCAGAUCUUGAGGAGACAGGCUUGGCUGUAAAGAAAGAGGCUCAUACUUCACGAGUUCCUAGAUCACAGCGUGGUGGAGAAAUUAUAGAACCUCUAGUUAGUAAGCAAUGGUUUGUCACAAUGGAGCCUUUGGCUGAGAGGGCACUUGAAGCAGUUUCAAAAGGAGAAUUGACUAUUAUGCCCGAAAGAUUUGAGAAGAUAUAUAAGCACUGGCUCUCUAACAUCAAGGAUUGGUGUAUAAGCAGACAAUUGUGGUGGGGACACCGAAUACCAGUUUGGUAUAUUUCUGGUAAAGACUGUGAAGAAGACUAUAUUGUUGCUAGGAGUCACAGAGAAGCUUUUGCAAAAGCCCAAGAGAAGUAUGGGAAAAAUGUCGAAAUAUAUCAGGAUCCAGAUGUUCUUGAUACCUGGUUUUCAAGUUCAUUGUGGCCCUUCAGCACGCUUGGAUGGCCAGAUGAAUCAGCAGAGGAUUUCAAGCGGUUUUAUCCAACAUCAGUUCUUGAAACUGGGCAUGACAUACUGUUCUUUUGGGUGGCACGAAUGGUGAUGAUGGGAAUUGAAUUUACUGGGACUGUCCCCUUUUCACAUAUUUAUCUUCAUGGACUAAUCCGUGAUUCUCAAGGAAGAAAAAUGUCUAAAACAUUGGGGAAUGUCAUAGAUCCCCUCGACACCAUUGCAGAGUAUGGCACAGAUGCUUUGCGUUUCACUCUUGCCCUAGGGACUGCUGGUCAGGAUCUAAAUUUGUCCACAGAGAGGUUGACCUCUAACAAGGCAUUCACUAACAAAUUGUGGAAUGCUGGCAAGUUCAUAUUGCGGAAUUUGCCUCGUCAAGAUGACACUCCUGCUUGGGAAGCCUUACGGGCUCAUAAGUUUGAUAAAAUGGAGUCUGUGCUGAAGCUCCCACUACCUGAAUGCUGGGUGGUUUCAAAGCUUCAUGUACUUGUUGAUGAAGUCACUGCAAGUUAUGAGAAAUUUUUCCUUGGAGAUGUUGGAAGAGAAAUAUAUGACUUCUUUUGGUCUGAUUUUGCAGAUUGGUACAUUGAAGCUAGUAAAGCUCGUCUGUAUCACUCUGGAGAUCUUUCUGUUGCAUCUGUAUCACAAGCAGCUCUACUAUAUAUUUUUGAGAACAUUCUUAAAUUGCUACAUCCAUUUAUGCCUUUCGUAACUGAGGAGCUCUGGCAGGCACUACCCAGUAGAGGGGAAGCUCUGAUAGUAUCUGCAUGGCCACCUACUUCACUUCCCAGGAAUAUUGAUUCCAUAAAAAAAUUCGAGAAUUUACAGGCAUUGACUAGAGCCAUCAGAAAUGUACGAGCAGAGUAUGCAGUUGAGCCAGCAAAGCUUAUUUCGGCAUCUAUCGUUGCAAAUCCAGAUGUCAUUCAGUAUAUCUCUGGAGAAAAGGAAGUUUUGGCUCUUCUUUCGAGACUGGAUUUGGGAAAUGUCAAUUUUGCAGAAUCUCCUCCAGGAGAUGCAAAUCAGUCUGUCCACAUUGUUGUUGGUGAAGGUCUGGAAGCUUAUCUUCCUCUAUCAGAUAUGGUGGACAUCUUUGCCGAAGUGCAGCGUCUCUCUAGGCGCCUUGUCAAGAUGCAAGCUGAAUAUGAUGGACUAAUGGCUCGUUUGAGUUCUUCAAGUUUUGUAGAGAAAGCUCCUGAGGAUAUUGUUCGCGGUGUCCGAGAAAAAGCGGCAGAGGCAGAAGAGAAGUUAACUCUAACUAAAAACCGCCUUGAUUUCCUCAAGUCAAAAGUUUUGAUUGCAAAUUAGUUUCAUUCCAACAAUUCUUGUCACCACUUUCCCUAAUUGAACCCACUAGAGGUUCACUACACUUUAUUCUGAAGCUUUUUGCUCGAUAUCAAGAUGAAUAGCCUCUUCUACACGAACUAGAUGGUGCUGAUCAUCUAAUCCCAUUUUUCUAAAUGCCAUUUCCUUCAUCUUCUGCACCUCGAUCAGCAGUUCCAUCAAAAGAGUACUGAUUUACUUAUUCUGUGGUUGUGCUUCAGUCUUAAAGUAAGGCGUUGAAAAUAAAGCAUCAUCUGGUGGAUUUUUACCCUUUUCUCAUUAACCCCUAGAAGAGUAGGGGUUUAGAUGAUGUAAAGAAUCAUAUUAUUGCGAACAUUUGUCACGUGAGUGAUUAGUGGCGGACUACCUUGCUCAAAUGCAUGUCAACUAACACCUCUUCGCUAGAAAAUUGCACUCUGUAGAUAGAUAAUUUUUUUUGAUGUAUAUUUGCUAUAGGACGAAUUCCGUUAACUUUUUGGUGUGUUUUAUAUUUUGACUUUUUGGUGUGUUUUAUAUUUUGACUUCCCUUAGUGAAAAAAUCUGGUUUUGCCAUUAUGAGUGAUCAUUAUUGCCAUC